AUGGCAGGAAAGCCUAAGAGACGCAACUCGAACCUAUAUUACCACUAUCAUCAGGAUCAUGGGCACACGACGGAAGAUUACAGGAAUUUAUGGGACCAUUUGGAGCAGCUGGUCCGAGAGGGGAAAUUGAAGCAACUCUUGCAUCAUUCCAGUGGUAGGGGAGGCCAAGUAGGCUCAGAGAUGCGUGGCGACGCUUCUUCAAGACUCCCCCUUGGCACAAUAAACGUUAUCUUUGCCGCCCCAGGGAGGACUGGAUCUUGUCCAUCCAGGGUACUGUCGGUAUUUCGACCUCCGGCCAAGGAUAAUUGCCCAGCGUUAAAGAGAGCCAGGGUGGACGUCCCCUUGAUUUUGGGCUUUUCGGAUGAGGAUAAGGUUGGAACUAUACAGCCUCAUGAUGAUGCUCUGGUGGUCACACUAAGAAUUGGUGGGUACAAUGUAAAAAGGGUUAUGAUUGAUCAAGGUAGUGUUGUUGAUAUAAUGUACCUAGAUUUGUAUAAGGGGCUAGGUCUGAAGCCAGAGGACUUAACAGCCUACAGUUCCCCUCUGGUGAGUUUUGAGGGAAUGAUGGUCGCUCCAAAAGGACAGAUUAGACUACCUGUGCAAACCGGUAUGGAUGUGGUGGAGGUGGACUUCAUUGUUGUAGACGUUUUCUCUCCAUACACGGCUAUUAUGGGCAAACCUUGGCUUCAUACCCUGGGAGCAGUCUCUUCUACUCUACAUCAGAAAGUGAAGUACCCAUCUGGAGGCCAAGUAUUGGAGAUAGUAGGAAGCCAGGUUGCAGCUCGGUAA